AUAGGCCGGCAAGUUGUGACGUCGCGAGCGAGCUGCCCGCCGAUUGGCUGCGGCGGCUCCGGCGCGGAGGUCGUAAGGCCCGGUGAGGGGAAGCACUAAAGUGAUCUCGGGUUGGGCCGCGCGGCAUCUCUGCCACUGUCCGUGGACGGCGUCCGCCGCGCUAAGCGGUUCGGAGACCUUCCGGGCGGAGGCCGGAGUAGCCACAGAUGAUUUCAGCGAGCUUAAACUCUCGUCAGAAUGCCGCGUUGAAUAGCUGCCGCCUAGCAAUAGCGCUUCUCUUUCCCUCCGCGCUCCGCCUGCCACCAGGCCCCAUGGCAGCUGCCGCGCCCCGCAGUGCCGUAUCAGGACAUGGACUGGGACCAGUUUGACCUGAACCCGAAGGUGAUUGCUGCCCUUAAGAAAGCUGACAUAAAAUCAAUAAAAGAGGUGUUAAAUCUUUCUGGAGCAGACUUGCAAAGGUUGAUGAAACUGUCCAGUGCAGAUGUGGAAUGUUUGCUGAAAACGGUCUCUCGCACUCUGAGGAAAAACUGUAUGCUUACAGCACUUCAGCUCUACCAAGAGAAGGAUUGUUUCUCCUCCCAGUGCCGGAAGCUAAGCCUGGGAUGUCCGGUGCUGGAUGACUUGUUGAAAGGUGGCAUUCCUUUAGUGGGAAUCACAGAACUUGCUGGGGAAAGUUCUGCUGGGAAGACUCAGAUUGGUUUGCAGCUGUGUCUUUGUGUGCAGUAUCCUUACAGAUAUGGUGGAUUAGAGUCGGGAGCUGUCUACAUUUGUACAGAAGAUGCAUUCCCAAGUAAGCGUUUGCAACAGCUGAUAGCUCAGCAGCAUAAGCUGCGUGCAGAUGUGCCACCUGAAAUCAUACAGAAGAUCAGGUUUGGGAACAGCAUCUUUGUUGAGCACGCAGCAGACCUGGACACCUUCCACAACUGCAUUACGAAGAGGCUCUCCCUGCUGCUCACGAGAGGCGUGGUGCGCUUGGUGGUCAUCGAUUCCAUUGCUGCUUUGUUUCGAUGUGAAUUUGGAGCUUCGGAUUCUGUUCUGAAGGCUCGCUACUUGCAGACGUUUGGAGCACAGCUCCAUGGCUUAAGCACCAGAUUCAGGACUCCAAUAAUGUGCAUCAAUCAGGUGACCGAUGCUGUGAGCGAGUCAGAAGCUGUGCAGUGUGGCUACAGUACUGCUGACAGCAGAGUCUUUCCAGCACUAGGAAUAACCUGGGCAAAUCAGCUGCUGAUGAGACUGAUGGUCAGCAGAGUGCCACAACCUGAACCAACAGCUGGAGCUGCGUCACACCACCCUGCAGGCAUGAGGACUUUAAGAGUAGUGUUUGCUCCUCAUCUACCUCCAUCCUUCUGCUGCUAUACAGUGAGAUUGGAAGGUGUGAAAGGAAUGAAGUAAGUUCUUUCUGCAGUAGCCUGUUCUGAAAGUGCGUUGAACCUGCUUUGCUUCAGGAAGCAUUAGCAAAAUGAAAUUCUUCCUAGAGCAGACAAAGGGAUGCUGAAAUGCAUAAAAGGUGAUACGACACCAACGUUGUUGUUUCCUUUUUUUUACAUUGUGCAAAGAUGCUCUUUUUGUAACUGGAUAAAAGUUCACCAGUCUCUCCUUGUGAGAUAAAUGUUUUGGAGAAUAAUCCUUACUGCAAGGCAGAGCAGCACCUUCAGCUCUGUUCAUCCACACAGCCCCUGCUCUCCUCAGAGACUUUUAUCAGAGCUUUCCAUGUUUUUCUUUCCAUCUUUAUGCUAUUUAUUACAUCUUUUUCUGCUGGCCUCAAGACUAACUACUCUGGGUGCCAGCCAGAGGAACUUAUUUGUCCACACUUUCCAAAGGCCUUAAAACUUACUGUGUUUGUGCUGUGAGCAGUGGGUGAUGCUCACUUGUAUCACUGUAUAUUGUUAACCUUUCACGCAUUUCCCUCUCCCCUCUCACCCCCUCUCCCCCUCCCCCCAGGUUGCCCAAUCUGUAAUUUAUAAAUGACCACAGUAAUUUUAUAAAUUGUUUUUUAAAAUAAAACCCAACGAUGAAGCUUUUAUGUCUUUGUGUUCUCAAACAUCAGAUUGCAAUAGCUUAUAGCCACGAGUACCUCAGUCUUCAAAUCCUGACGUUUCAUGCAGCAUAGCUACCACUAGAAUUAUUCUCCCAUUUGCUGGCCCAGCUCCCAGUAAAUUUGUCUGGUACUUUGCUCAUCCUAUUGUAAUAGUUGGUGAAUUGUAAUUAUAGAUACACACACACACCAUGUUUUUAAAGCCACAGGUGGGUGCAGCUGAUUAAGAGCAAUCAACCCCACCCCCGAGCCUCGUUUUCUGGGCAGUGCAUUCAGAGCUGGCCACUGACAUACAGGCUACUGUCUGUCUUAAGGCUCAGCAGUGAUAGCUGCAGUUUCUGCCCCUUCUGUCAGUCACACUCACCACCAGUCUGUGGUCCAACAUGCUGCACAUGAGAACGGCUUUGGGGGUAUGGAGAUUGGACAUCCUCAUUGAUGUGGGAAAGCUCUGCCCCAGUCAGUCUGAUGCUAACACUGCUGAAACACACAAGCUUUAAUAAAUACAGUUUAGGAACCUUCCCUUUUAUACAGCUUUAUUCAUCUUUGGAUUUCACAACCAAAAUUUGUUUCUAUACAGGAAGAAUGGAACUAAUUUUUACACAGAUUUACAUUCUAGAAUGUGUUGAGUAUGUUCAUUUUUACCCUGUGAGAGCAUUUUAAAUAUUUUCUACACUUCGAAAAACUUUUAAACAGUUUCAAAUUAGUCUUCAGCUCUGUGAUGUGUUUCAAGGGACCUUUUCAGAAGGAACAUACCGAGUUCUGGGAACAGACUGCUCUUGAGAAGUAAAAGCAGGUUAAUUUGUAAAGAUAAAAAAGAGACAUGGAGGAUAUAUUUAGAAAGCAGAUGUAGUGAAACAAAAUGACCUCAUUACAAGUUUCUUGAUGAAAUGACAGUGAAUGUUAUUUGCAACAAAUGCCAUUUGUUCUGGGGUGAGACAAACAGGACCUCCAAACUGGAUUCUUCCAUUGCUGUAACAAACAGUAAUGAGACAUGCAGAGCAAAAUGAGCAUCUUAAAGCCAAUCUUGGAAAGUCUUAAGGUUGUAAUCAGAUACGAAAUCCACACAUCAAAAAUAUAUAUAUAUAAAACCAAAACUAUUUUUCUCAAAAUGACAAAUCAACAUUAACAAAUAUUUUUUCUUCACUACUGCCCUGGACUAAUCAGUGUACUGAGACUAUCAGAAUGGUUUGAAAAACAUCAAAUGUAAAUGUUCAAAUUCUACCUCCAAACCACAUAGGAAAACCCCAACACUGAUACAAACACUUCUAUGUCUGCGACAAUGUAAAGUUGCUAUAAGGAAGCAAAACAUCACAGCAUCACAUCUUUUAACGUUUGUUCUCUCAGUAGAGGCUGACAACCCAAACUGCCCUGCUCUUAGCAGCUGUCAGACAAUACAUCACUAAUACUGGAGCUCCUCUCACAGUAAGCACGCUUUUGAUGAAGCACUGCACAUCUUUUACUACAUACUUGUAACAGAACCACACUUUUCAGAAUUACUGGAUAAAUAUUUCUCAAGCUUAAAACCAAUUCUAAUUUACUACAGUUCUGGAAAGUUUGGGAACUUUUGUUUUAAGAAAGGAUACAAACUCAGAUGCAUCCCAUUGCUUUACUGCUGUGCUCCAUCCUUGCAGCACUACAAGCACAGCCAUCAGAGCAGCCCAGUUACUCCUCUGAUCAUGAAAUGGUUGCAUUUUACACUAAGAACUAACAAACUCAAGAAUAAAGGUUGCCAGUGUUGCUGAAGACUUCUGCACAACCAGAGAGAAAGGCAACAGGCAGCUUUCUGCCCAUCCUUUGCAUACGACUGUUCUACAUGCAGCUCACCAGCCUCAGUGAGCCGCCGCAAACAGGAGAGGCACAGGCAUAACCUCAACUCCUUGUAACCUUUACAAUAAGGUUCAGCUUUAUGAUUCUGAGCAAGGAAACACGUGCCAGAUUAAAACCAGCAGCACUACCAAGGCUGCAGUUCUCCUGCCAAGGUGCCUGUCCAUUCCAAAGGCCUUCUUCAGCUUUCGGCUUCAGACCUGUUGAUUUAAAAUUUGGUACUGAAGAUGUCCAAGAAAAUUAAACAGUUGGGUUUUUCAGUCUUGUACUUUAGCAGACUGCUAGCUACAACCAGAACAGGGAAUUCAUAAAGAAAAUCCUAAGUAAAAGCAAACUAAGAAGCCCACCUGAAGCUGCAGUGUGUGCGAGCCAGGCCGUGACAGUAGCCGAUUCCUGAUGGGAGCACAAGGACUUCAAGUUGAAUCUAAGUUUGUUUUUGCAUGGUAAAAGUUUCUCUUGCACUUCAAACAGCACACUGGCUCAUAGCUGUAAGACCUUUUCUAAGUGCUUGGCCAUCAUCCUUUCGGAUUUAGGAAAUGUGAGUUUCUUUUCUAGAAAACUAUUUAAAUGUAAGAAUUGUUGAGUACACUGCAGCUCAAACAAUUCAGACUUAUCUUCCAACACACUUCAAAACGUAAGAGUUUCAAACAUGUAAAAGCACAGUACUGGGAAAACUAGCAACAGUAAGAGCUGUGUGCAACCCUCAGUGAGAAAGCUCUCACACUGCGGUCAUUUUGGGAGCUUCAUGUACAUUUGAUCACUGACACAGUUCUGUGUUUUCAUUUAAACUUUCAAGUCUGUGAAGAAUUUUCUUUCAAUGUUGAAGACAAAACUGUUUGAAAAUAUCCCAUUUCUUUCAAAUAGCUCCUUAUUGCCAAACUCAGUUCUGUAUCCAAAUAGCUUUUCCUUUAAAUUAUUUUAAGUAAGUUAGGCUUCUAGAAACGCCUCAGAGUGAAGCACUGUUGGAAGGCCCACAGAGCCACUCCUAUGGCAGUAGCACAGUACUGCUGUGGAACAGAGGGGCUCUCUGGGGUGUUUGCAGUCAGAGCUUUACCACAGGAGCUGCCCACGGGCCGGCAGCACUGCAGUGGAGCUGGCACAGAGCACAGCUACCUCAGCUGAGCAGCCAGCACGGGGCUCUGCGCACAGUGCUCAGCCUGUCUCUCUGCAGAGACCUAAACGUACUGGUGGGUGCACAGAGCACAUUUUGCUUUAGGGAAAAAUAAGUAUAUAUUAGAUAUAUAUAUAUAUUUUAAUAUAAAAAGCUCUUUAAUAAAAGAUUAAAACUCAAGAGUCUACAUUAUAUGAGUAUAUAUUGUUAAGAUAACCGAGCAACAACUCGUUCUUGCUCAAGUUCAUUAAUGAAUUGCACUACUCUGUGCUAACUUCUACACAUUAGCAGCAUCGUAUCUCACCACCUCUAAACUGUCCUUGCAGCAGGUGCACCACGUGCAGCUUUCUUUAGAGAGAUGCUGACAGGGUACCUCCUGGUAAACAUAGGAGAGUGCAUUACAUACGCAGCAGUACACAUCAGUUACUGUGACACAGCUCAGAACCAGAUGCCAAAGCAGAGGAAUACUUCUAACAAGUCCUAACUCUAAAGACUCUGCACUAAAACUUGUCUCUCAGCUCCUUCAGUCAGUGCUGAUCCUGAAUGGGUAUUCCAGCUUUCCCUAAGUUUGUUCCACAUUUUCUAACUCACAACUACAUCUAUGAAUGCAUUUUUACUUUUCUUUAAAAAAAAAAAAAAACAA